UCACUUCAAAACUUCGCUAGUCAAAUUGAUCUAACGUAGCACAGAAAAUUCCAGCAAAUAUAUAUUUAAAGAUUUUUUCUCUUCCAUUUGUAUUCGUAAUAUUGAUUCCGCUGUACAUCGCUCGUCAAAGAUGCACUUUUCUUUGCUGACAGCAAUUGUGGCUCUGUUUUUUAUUAGCUGCACAGAUGCUUUACCAAAUGCAAUCAGUAUCAUUCAAGAGAAGAGGCCAAACACUUCCCCAAAUCUCCAGAGCACGGUGAUGAAAGCGAAUGUCCAAAAUAUUGGAAAUAAAGUCUGCCCUGACAACCUCCAUCUGUGCCCCAUAACAGCUGAAUGCUGCCAAACGAUGGACGGCAAGUGGGACUGCUGUCGCAAGACCAGCUUUCCUAUUAUUUUAGGUGAAUGUUGCCAUCAGUUUGUAUAUAAGUGGAUCUGUUGCAACGAUAUGGCGCCUAAAUGCCAUUAUUGGGGAUGCCAUUGGUCAUAAGGUCAUUGAACUCUCAUACUUUUAUAAAUACAUUGGACGGUAAUGUGGUCCACAAAAGAUUCUUACGACCAUGCAUACUGCACGUGUUUAAUGAUUAAAAAUGUAUGCAUUCUGUUAAUAUUCUUUACUCGUUUGUAAUCAUUUGUGGUUAUUAAUAAAAAUUAUUGAAAAAUUUA